AUGUAUCAGUUCCCAAAAUACUUUUCUGAAUCUUUUAAAAUUGCCUAUGGAAAAGGGCGGCAGCCUAGGACCUUUCCACCAACCAAAAGGAAGCAUGGCCCCCUCAAAAGGAAAGGAAUUGAAAGGUGGCAUCGAGCUGUGUCAACCAACUUAGUUAAACAAAAUGUACUGAUCCCCAAAGAGGAAUCUUCCAGUGGGAGUGACCCAGAAUCACAACACAGUCCAGAAAAUAAGAAGAAGAAUUUUAUGAAGAAAAUAAAGACUGCUUUCAGGAGAACCCUGCCUGACCACUGCAGAGUCAAAAUAGCAAGGUCCUGCAGCAGCAGCCCUUCAAACCGUAAGGAAACUCUCUUUUCAAACACUCAGAGUCUCCUUCCAAGAGUCUCCAAGGAGCUGCCAUCUCCUAAAUUAUUUGCCAAGCCACAAAUGGGAAAGCUUCCACAAAAUGCAACUAUUCAACUGGAUGUUGUAGAAGCAGAAACUGAAGAGAUCACUGGGGGAAAUACCCUCAUUCGAGCCAGAAGGACAACAAGACGUUUCUCUGUGACCUCUCUACCUUCUGGACUUCAAAAGGUCUCAUAUUUAUCAAAAAAGAGACGGCAUUUCCCAGUGCUUAGAAAAAAGAAAGCUAACAUGGAAAACAUCCUUUGUGCCUCGGAUUUGACAGUAGGAAAACUUCAAAUGCAGGUGGAUGACCUCAUAGAAACCAUGACAGAAAAAUCCAGGAAGCUCCUGGCCCAAAGACAUGCAGAACUCCAACACUGUGAAUUUCUCGGAGAUGAGAUUCUUCAGUCAUCCAAGCAGUUCCAAAGGGUUUCCAAGAGAACCAUGAGGAAAUAUAAACUGAAAAAUGUGUGUUUUCCAUGUACUUGCUGCUGCUAUUGAGUUUAUUACAGGUAUAAUCAGGAGCUAGGUGGUUCAAUGGAUAGAGUGCCAGGCCUAAAGUCAAGACGACUCAUAUCCCUGAGUUCAAAUCUGGCUCCAGAUACAUACUACCUGUGUGGCCUUGGACAAGUCAUUUAACUGUGUUUGCCUCAGUUUCCUCAUUUGUAAAAUGAACUGGAGGAGUAUUCUCUAUAUGUUCUAGUAUUUUCCCCAAGAAAACCUUAAAUUUGGUCAUCAAGAGUUGGGCACAAGUGAAAUGAUUGAACAAUAGUAACACUGAUAGUAUAAAAAAACUGAUAUUCCUAAUGCACAGAUCUAUGUUCAUCAUCCCACUUCCUGAAGUUUCCUUUUCCAUCUAGGAUCAGAUACAAACACCUAUGGGUAGUACUGAAAUCUAUCACACCUUGGCAUCAACAUCUUCCUAUAUGAUUGGUCUUCCUGCCUGCCCCCCCCAAAUACUCUACAAACUGCUAUUUUCUUAUACCACAAAUAUCUCCCAUCUACUUACCUUUGCAUAAGCUGACUCUCCAACCUAGAAUGCUGUCCCUCUUCACCUCUGCUUCCCAAAAGGGAGUCAUGGAUAGGGCUUUGGACUAGAAUCAGGUAAACUCAAGGAUUUAUAGACUAAUUCUAUCUUAGAUACUUAGUACCUAUUUGGUCCUCAGGCAAGUCAUUUAAUUUUGUUGUGCUUGAAUCUCAUCUAUAAAAGGAAGAGGUCAAACUUGAUCUCUGAGGUCCCUUUUGGCUCUAUAAACUAUUAUCUAAUGAUCCUGGAUACCCUAAGGUUCUCCCUCCUAUGCAUGAUAGGCCUUUGCAGAUCCCCUUAGCUGCUAAGGAUCAAUAAAUUAUUUUGUAUAUAUAUUUGUCAUGGAUGUAGACAAGAUUCUGUAACUUACCAUUUUAGAGAGUUUCCUAGGUAACUAAAAGGUUAAUUGACUUUCUUGUGAUUAUACAGCCAAUAUGUGCUGAGACAGAAUUUGGACUCAGGUCUUCCUGACUCAAUGGCCAAUCCUGUCCUCUAUUCACUACAGUAUGUUGCCUCUCCCUGCCAUUUCAAAAUAGAUUCUGCCUUGAGCAUUUCUCCAUCCUCUCCCUAACCACAUUUAUGGCACAUCCUGCAUACACUGCAUUCCAACUCAGUUGGCCCACUUGCUGUUUGAACAUCUCCAACCUCCUGCCUUUCAGUAGACUAGCCACCAUGCCCAGAAUCUUCUCUCCUCAUCCUCACUUCUUAGAAGCAACAGUUUUCUUUGAAGCUCAGCUCAUCUCACCUCAUACAGAAAGCCUGAUGUGAACCCUCCAUUGUUGGUGCUGCCCCCUAGAAACCACCUUAUAUUAUUCUGCAUACGUUUUGUAUUUCCUUUUCUGUGUUCCAUUCCCUUCCAGCCAUUUAGAAUACAAGCUUUAAAAGGUGGGGGCUGGUUCAUUUCAGCCUUUGCACUAAAAUCCAGCAAGGUGCCUUGUAGAGAAUAUUAAAUAAACAAUUAUGGAAUGAGGAGGGGAAUGGGUCUCAUAUAAAGAUCUUACUCAAUUCCCUUAGAACCGUAACCUAUUGGGAGCCCUUUUAUAGUGCUUUUUCUCAACCCCAUUUAGAUCAGAAUGUCCUAUAGCUCUAAAUUACUUAGAAGACUGGAGAUAGAACUUGGGACUUUAAUUCCAUCUCUUAACAGGUUUCCAUUGCAAAUUCUUUGAUACAAGUAUUUAAGAGGCAGGUGUGAUCAUUAUUCAUACUAUCAUCCACUUAGAUCUGGAAGAUGCCCAAGAGGAUAUCAGUCCACAACCUUCAUUUAACAUAUGAGGAAACCUAAGAGAUAUCAAUGGCUUGCCCAAGGUCACAAAAUAGCAUCAGAGACCACAGUCUAACCCCAUCCUCUGACUCCAAAUUUACCACUCUUUCUGAAAACAAUUUGUAUUUGGUAGAGCUCUUUCCUCAUGUGGAGAAAAAGAAUGAAAUCUUUCACACUAGUAAUCCAAAACUAACUUUAAGAGUUUAUUCUCCAAAAUAAAAAAAAUUCUACUUACACUUUAAACUAGCAAAAUAAAUACAAAU